CAUUCUCUAUUUUGGCUGGAAGAUGCUGUCCUCGAUGCCCGAAAGCAGACAGUGAACUCAGGGACGGCACCGCUGGGAUUUCAGCAGCCCAAACCAAGCAUCAGUGAGUAAAUAACCCCUGAGCCUGUUUCCAGCUGGAAUUUCCUAGAAAAUAAUUGCUGGAAAAACCCAGGUGUCCUCGCCAAGACUGCAAAACCUCGCUUCUUCAACGGAGGAGAAGCCGGUAGAUGGAGAUGCCGCAUCCCAAAAGGGGAAGAGCCGAUCCCCGGGGAGGGGGGAUGCGCUGUCUGCAUCGCUCUCCGAGGGUUUUUUGGCCACUUCCAAGCCCGGCUCUUGGAUCGAAGGCUGGUUCUUGCGGGGACUCGCCUGCAUGGAAAGUCUAAACCCCUCCGAGCGCCAGCGGCGCCUCUGCCCUCCGGGAGCUGGGGAUUAGAUCAGGAAAUGAGGCACAAGCAGAGGUAAGAGGUUUCCUGAAAUCCUAGCCAAGGCUUGAGUUAUUAAACCAGGCUUCCUGAGUUUUAAAAAAAAAAAAAAAAACACACCACAACCCCUGGAGAUUUUUGUCUGCACUUGGCAAUUUUAAAAGCAAAAGGUACCCAGGUGUGAGGGACCCAUUUGCACCUCAGUUCCCCCCUCUCACCGGGGUGUUUCGCUUGGCUGUUUUUUGCAGGGUGUUUCUGGCCUCAGGGGGUUUUGCAAAGUCCAUUUAAUUAUUAACAGGCAGCUCCUGCCCUUAGCUAGAGGUUAACAGGGCUGGAGACAAGGACGAUGCUGGGUUUUGGUGCAGGCAGAAGCUUUACGGGAGCAGCUAUUAGAUGUGUUUGGAGUCCUUUGGAUGGUUUUAUCCAUCCUUCAGGCUGGAAAACCAGACUUGAUAUGAGAUGGGAGCACCUUAAAAACCCCUUUGCUUCUCCUCCUCGUCUGAAACUCUGUUUUCUCCUUGUUUUUAGGGCAGUCAGACCCUCUCUUGGCUGCAGCAAUGCUCGUAUCUCAGCACAACUGAUUGUGGGCUUGGGGCAAUGGGGGCAAUCCUGCCCCAUGGGUGAAAGAUCUCUGCUGUCUCCUUCCCGUUCCUCAUCCCCAUCGCUGUGCACGCUGCUAGCCGUCUCUGGAGAGCUUCUCCCUCCAUCCCAGCCCUAGAGCACCCUCUGUUUGCUCCAUUGCUCGUUUUGAACAUGCCUAAAAUUUGCAGAUUUUUAUCCCCCAGCACCAGGCUCGGUGUCACCGCUGGGGUCGGGGUUUUUAGGGGAGCAUCCCCAGCCUCGCUGGGAUGCAGCCGGCAUCCCGCGUCCUCCGGAAAGCAGCCAGCAAGCCAGGGGAAAGAGGGCCCCACGGUCAGCAAUGCUGGCUCUGCCGCCACGCAGGGGCUGCAGAUCUGCUCCGGCAUCCUCAGCCUGGGUGGGAAAAAAGGGGAUUUUUUUUUUUUUUUUUUUUUUUUUAAUUUAUCCUGGGAUAAAGCUUUAAAUCUGCUGCAGGGUUACAGCAUCCUUGCUGCUCAAGGGGCAGAUUGAGUGCUAAUGCCAAACUUGGAGUUAGGAGGGGUGAUUGGGAUCCCAGAAUCCCAAAUUUGGGGGGUUUUAUCUCAGUUUCCCCAAGAGCAGCCAAGAUCAUAGAGCAAUGCCCUGGCAUGAUCUUUUCAUCUCACCCUCCAGCAGCACAAAACCCAGACUAAAUUGUUCUGGCGUGCUCGGCGCUGCGCAAAAUCCUCCUCUCUCCUUGCAUUUACAAUCAAUUUAAAAUUCAUCCAGCUGGAAAAAAAAAAACAAAACCAACCUAGCUCUGCCGACCAUUGCAUCGAUAUGCGCUUAUUGAUUUUUUUUUGUCAAUUAUUAUUAUUUUUUUCCCCCAGCAGACAGCAAUUUGGGAGGAGGAAGGGGCCGGCUCAGGUGUGGCAUUAGGACCCAGCGGAUCCCCCAUGUUGGAGACUCCUCCGGCUGCAUCCCGGCCCACGCAGCUCCUCCAUCGCUGCUGUCAGGAUGAGAGCGGUGGGGCUCUUCUUGCUGUGUCUGCCAGCAGCGCUCCUGGUCCAGGGACAGUACAGCAGGUUUGAAGGCAUCACCUACCCCGAGCCGGUACAAUAUUCCCAGUACGACCAGCAAUCAGAAAUUCAGGAUUACUACGACUAUCACGAUGUCACCCCCCGUGCCCCCGAGGAGCAGUUUCGGUACCAGUCCCAGCAGCAAUCCCAGCAGGAAAUCGUGCCGGCCCCGACCCCAGCUGCUGCCCCUGAGACCGAGCCCACGGAGCCAGGACCCCUCGACUGCCGGGAGGAGCAGUACCCCUGCACCAGGCUCUACUCCGUGCACAAGCCCUGCAAGCAGUGCCUGAACGAGAUCUGCUUUUACAGCCUCCGACGCGUUUACGUGAUCAACAAGGAGAUCUGCGUCCGCACCGUGUGUGCCCACGAAGAGCUGCUGCGAGCCGAUCUCUGCCGUGACAAGUUUUCCAAGUGCGGGGUGAUGGCCACCAGUGGGCUCUGCCAAACCGUUGUUGCAUCCUGCGCCCGCAGCUGCGGUGGAUGCUGAGCUCGAGGGGACCCCCCUUCGCCGGCCGCAUCCCGGGAUCCCAACCCCUUCCCAUCUUCCUUUCCCGGGUACCCAUCCCACUCUGGAUCUUCACCAUGGUGCUAAAGAAACCGUGCAUGAAAGAGCAUAAAAAAAAAAAAAGUCCAUUUUUUGUGCACAUAAUAAUUAAAAAAAAGGGGGGGGGGUAUUAUUUUUAUUACUUUCCUUAUUAUAUUGUAAAGGGGGGGCGGUGCGAGCCCCCGCCCCCCCCCCUGUUUUCUGCGUAGAGUAUCCAAGAGAUAAAGCGUAAGGGUC